AUGACCCAAGAGGCCAUCGAGCAGCGACUUCGCCGUGCAUGUACAAACGGUAAGAGGAAAUCAGCAACCGGUGGAGCCGCAGCAGUCGAGAUGUACAAGGAUCUUGGCAAGCGGGACAAGCUGGCCAAGAUACUCAUUCAAUCGAACUUUAGCAAAUCUGGCUUUCGCAAGAACAUCACGAAGUUCGUCGAAAAGGAGAAAUCCAGUGAGACAAAAGUCGUUGCUGGUUGGUACACGGAGCACGCAGCAGAGAUGGAACGAAUGGCCGAGUCGUUAGAACACAUCUACGACAAGAUGGCCCACCUCCAAGCAGACCUCAAGAAGGCUGUGCACGAGGAAAUCAAGAAGGGAUGGCCAAAGCGGCUGCAAAGGAGACGACGUGCCAGCCCGUCGGAGAUCCGCGACAUCGAGAAGGCCAACAGGCUUCAUUCCUCGGGCUGUGCACUGCCUGUAAAGAUCGAGAUGAUCGAGGCCGGGCCAGCCGGCGAAAAAGAAAGCAUCCCUUGGUUGGACCCGGUUCGUAUGAUGACGUGUCUGGCCGAGAAUGACAUGUUGGAUCUUUUACAUGGCGACCACAACCUGCUAGAGUUCUGGCGACGGUAUGCGAAGUACAACCCAUCUCAUCCUAUAUUCACUUUGGCUGAAAAUGGUGUCGUUAACCUUGCUCGAAGCAUUCCUUUUUACUCCCACGGUGAUGAAGGCCGUGGCAAGAAGAAAAAAGGGAUUUUGAUCUGGUCGAUGAAAGGUGCUGUGGGACGAGGCACAGAUCACUUCCGCAGCCAGCAUGACGUGGAUCAGCAGAAGCUUCGAAUGGGGCUUAACAUGACGGGAUCCAAGAAGUCGAGAUUCCUACAUCUUGCUGUGCCAAAGCAAGUGUAUGCCAAGAUGACUGAGCCUGUGUGGGAUGAUCUAGCUUUUCACAUUGCCCGCUCAUACCAUCAGUUACAAACCAAAGGAUUUGAUGACUGCCAUGGUCGCCAUUGGCAUGCCAUUUGCUUGGGGCUGACUGGAGACAACCCGUUUCUGGCGAAGGUUGGUCAUCUCCAGAGAAGUUUUGCCCGGGGUCCCAAGUCGUCAGGCGAAACCGCUACUGCUGGUAUUUGCUGGCACUGUCUAGCAGGAACACCCAAUAUUCCAUACGAAAACUUUGCCAUGAAGCCUGAAUGGUCCUUCACUCUUUACGAAUGUUUGCCAUGGGAGGAACAGCCACCCUUCCUUCAAGGGCUCCAGUAUCCUGAAGACGAUGAUUUGGCUCCGCAGAUGCUACAUUUUGAUGUGUGGCACAACUUCCAUGGUGGAGUGGCCAAACACAUGGUGGCUUCAACAGUUGCUGAGAUUCUGCCAAACAUGAUGUCUGGUGGAAUAAAAGACAAAGUUGAGCAGAUCAACAAAGCUUACACCUCUUGGAGACGGGAGUCAAAGCUCACUCUUCACUGCGGCCGUUUGGAUGCAGAGCUUUUUGGUGUGGAUUCUGGACUUCAAGUUUGCCCGGAAGGCAAAUGGAACAAAUUCAACGAUUCGAGGAUUCUACUGGCAUUCUUGGAAUUCUUCCUUGCACAAAGGACGGAGUAUGUGCCAACACAUGUGACCGAGGAAGCUUUGUUCGGCAUCAAGAAUGCCAAUCUAUGCUUCAGCACCCUCUACCGGUCCGGAUUUUGGCUAACCCCACAAGAGGCAUCGUUGGCUGGCAAAGCUGGCAUGAAUUUCCUGUGCUCGUACAGUCGUUUGGCAUCGUUUACACUCGAGGAGGAGCGAUCCCGCUACCCGUUGGUUCCAAAGACACAUUAUCUUCACCACGCAUUUUUGGAGAUGUGUGUGUUAUCAACAAAAAGUUCCUGGAUUCCCAGUGCACUGGCCACGUCAGUGCAGAUCGACGAGGACUUUGUUGGUGUGGUCAGUCGAACGAGCCGAAGAGUGGGGAGUUUCUACCUGAUGAAACGGACAUUACAACGAUAUCUUGUCACCGCAUAUCUGGAGACUGUCGAGUCAGUGUCGCCUCCGAAGUGA